UCUUCAUCUUCAUCUUCAUCUUCAUCUCUCCUUCCAAUUUGAACAAUGACUGAUAACAAUCAUGUCGCCAUUCAACUCGAUCGAGUUCCAAGCACUGACAAAGGAGCCCGUCGCGUCGCCUUCUCCGAUUCCCUCCCCAAACACCGCUCCACAUCCCUCCGCGCCACCAAAUUCGUCUUCUCCCAUCUGCUCGCCUUCUGCGCUUGGAUUUGCCUGGCCGUGUUCGGAAUCGCCAUCACUCUUCUCAUCCUCGGCGUAAUCUUCGUGUCAUUCCUCCAAUCCGGUUUGCCUGAAAUCACCGUCAAAAUGCUCGAUCUCUCCAAAAUCCAGAUUCAAAACUCCACAAAUCAAAAUGUCGCCGUCCUAAACACAAAGGUACGUAUGGCGAUCGAUAUAAAGAACAAGAACGAGAAAUUGGAGUUGAGUUAUAGCGAUCUUAAUAUGAAAUUAGUAUCAGAAAACAUCGAAUUAGGCAGGAAUGUGAUACCUAGUUUCUCUCAAGAACCUGGAAACACUACAUCGUUAAAUGUAACGCUGAAUGUGGAUCGAGAUUCAAUAGAUCGAGACAGUAUAUCGCUGCUUGAAGAUGACAGAAAAAAGGCUCAAGUGGUUGUGAAGAUCACGAUGGUUGGUUCGGUUGGAUUUCAUCUUGGGAUAUUCAAGCUCAACAAGGUGCCGAUCCAUGUGACCUGUAAUUUUCAGCAAUAUCUUCUUCUUUAUCGCGUCAAGGAGCCGCCGUGUAGUAUUACAAUGUUUCCUACCAGGUGAUUGAACACGAAACAGCUAUGA